AUGCUGUACAGCUCAAAGGCACAUUGGCCCGAAUAUAGAUUGUUUUCAUGUUCCGAGAGCUGCGGUCGAAUUCAAAUCUGCCACUCAGGGCUUAACGAGAAGAAAGAGAUACUUGAAGCACUCGAAACAGCUACAACAGAUGGUGUCUCUUGCUUUAAAACGAUUGUUGACAGUCCUCCACAGGAGGGACGCUGGGCUUUUCUUCACGAGCUUCAGUCAAUUCGUCAGGGUCUGCUGAUAUACGCAGCAUCACAAAAAGUGCUUACAGACUUGGUACAUCUUACUGGCGUUUCGUCUAAUGUGAAACCGGGAAACAGGGUUAAGCUGCUGGAUAAGUAUAAGCAAGCGGGGGAGCGCGUUUUCACUGUCAGCGCUGUAAACGAUAACCUAGUCACCCUCCAAGAUAUUGACCAUGCGGUGGACUUGAAAGACACCAUUGUCACCGGAGACCCAAUUGAAGUUGGUUUUGUUGACACAACAUUAACAAACAAAUGGAAGAAUCUUGAGCGCGAAGAUCCAGUAAUUUUUUCAAAGUUUCUAGAGUUCGCUAGCGAUCACGGGUACGGGGAGGCCCUGGAAUCUGCGAGACGGACUGCAAAACUCGGAAGCCUCUUGCAAGCCUUAGCCGAAAAUUCCGAUGUGAUUGAGAUCUUACAGAUUAUACUAAAGCAUCACGCUUUCCCCGCUUGCUUAUCUUUGAAUACCCCCAAUCUCAUGACACAAGACAGCUUACUUCUAGCGCGGCUCUUGGAAAUGUCAACGGUGGGCUCAAGGCUGAUGAGCCCAGUUGUUCAGUCGCCGCAUGAAAAUCCGGUGUCCAAGGUCAUUUUGUCACCAGGGGCGACUCCAAUGCAUACGUUAGACAAGAAUACCGCGCUGGAGGAGCAGUGCUUGGUUGGUACAUUUACUGAGCUUGGGCUCAAUGCAGCUGCCAUGGAUGGUCUCAGUUGUCGCGAGCUAUGGAGUACUGGAGAAGCACGGAAACAGAUCCCCUCGAGGCUCAUCCUGGUAAGUCAUUAUUGUUCACGUGCAAUGCUGCGUGGAGUGCAGCUUCAAAGCAAGGUGAUCAUUCAGUUUCAGACAAUUAGUUUGAAUGGUUUCGCAGAGUUGAUACCACAGAGCCUGAUGAAGCAAUGUAAUCAGACUUGCUUAGUGAAGGCAUCUUUAAGAGAAGGAUGGCUAAAUAAGAAUAUGAAGAAGCAACGGAAGAAAUACAAGCUCAGUCACCACUAUUUGAGGAUCGGAGAUGCGGUGCGCAUGACAACACAUUACUCACGGAAGGAAAUUAUUGAGCUAGAUAAAAGGGUUGCAGCGGCAUGGGAAGCGGCAAGGCUUCUCCUGGUCUCUACUGAGGAGCAAGCUGAAAAGUUGCUAGCUGCUGGCCAGCGUGGUCCUGAGUCUGCUGCCCUGGCAUCAUCGGUCGACCCCAACGAACAGGAAGGUGAAAUUCAGGGCUCGCAGUCUACCGCUGCUUCGGCGGUUGCAUCUGCAUCACCUGACACGCAAACCACAAGCUUUCUUGAGGACGGAAGAAAAAAGCAGAAGAGCAAAGCGCGCCAGCUCAGUGUAACUACGCAACUUCCACCAUUCAUUACUGGCGGCGACGUGAAUGUUAACACUUUAAAUUUCCUGGUCACAGCCCGGGUGUCCAAACGACUUUCCGAAACAGAACUAUUGAACCCAGCGCUCUUGGCUUCCGGCAUAUUUGAAGAAAUUCGCGGUUAUGUGAGUGAUGCUGGGGCAGGGCUUGAAAAUACUAAAAAGCAGAGGAACCUAGCAAAGGAUUCCGAUGUAUUCAGUGCCAUCUACAAAGUCCUAACUUGUGGAUUUGAAGGAGACCUACUGCCUCCAACCAAUGCUCCAUACGCUUCAGUAGCAUUGCAAGUUGCUGGCUUUUUGCGGGUUGAAUUGGAGGAAAGCAAAUCGUUCCCGUGGGAGAAAGUGGUACAAGCUACCGGAGAUGGUGCAUUCAAGGAGAAGCAGUAUGCGGCUGCAGCAAAGCAUCUGAAAGCAAAGGCACAAAAGUUUAUUAACCUGUUUACGCCAUGUGUGACUGUGGUGGAUGAUGCCGCUCAACUACUUAAGCUACCAGAUCGUUCGAAGACCAAAGCAAGGGUUGCCAAAAAGCUUAAAAAUGUAUUCAAGCACAGAAGGAAAACACUUGCAGCAAGCCCUGAGUUGUGCAAAAACAGCGGGGAACUGCAUCAACUCUCCCGUAUGUUGGUAACAUGGUGGGUGCAUGGUUCCGCACCACGACAAGAGGAUAAAGAAGGCCAUAAACAUCAUCGUACUGUGGCGGACACCUUCAAAAGUGCUAGGCUACUCUUUGCCUCCUUCGUCUUCCAAAAUGGCCACGAUCAGAAAAAGAUUGCAACGGAAAUAUUUCAGGCUGGCUGCGCAAAGAACAAGUUUUCCGUACCAGACGGCUGGGCUUUAAAGGCAAGCAAGCAGGACGCCGGCUCACUAGAGGUCUCCUUUGCGGAUAUCAAAAAGGGUGUUGAUGCUAGCCUGAUGUAUCUGACAGCACACUUGGGCUUCCUAGACAUUUCUGAUUGGUCACUACCAAUGAGGGCAGCCCAAGAGCUUGCCGAUGCGUGUGGGAAGCAUGCUGUGGUGCCAAUGGAUAUGUUGAUUGACUCGGCUGCCGGAAAUAUAUUGAAGAGUUACCAAUGCAUCAUUCUUCAAAAUGAAGGAAUUAAGGUUCUUACACAAGCUUUUGGCAAAAGCGCUAAAGCUGUGGAUAAAGCUUACCUCAAAUAUGUAUUCACCUUCCUUGCCAGCGUACAUGCUUGGAAAGGCUCAUCUCGUACAAAGCACGGGUCCCUUGUCGAUUUGUUCAAAAAGUAUGAGAAGACUCCGACAGAUUCGGAGAAACAAGAUGUACUGGCGCAGUGGAAUAUGAAUUUUCCAGAACUUGAAUGCCCGUGGAAGCGUAACAAAAGGAUUCAAAAGAGCAUGUUAAAAAAGGGCACUGCGUAUAAAACUCCUCAUCGUGACCUGGGCAAAGCUGCUUCCAGACUUACGGACUACCACUGCCCAGCUGAUAUAGCACUUCGCAUCGAAGACCUUUCCGGCCUAGCAAAACCUGACGAGGCACAAGGGUGUACCGGAGACUCCGCUGAAUGUAUGGCAUCCGAAUACAACGCGGAGCUCUCGUACAGCCUCUGA